UGUGUAUUUUGAGUUCGUUUUUGAGAGUUUUAACAUGCAUACUGGUGACGGCGGUUGUUGUUUUAUCGAUAUGUACUUUCGUGACAGGUUAACUGUGAAAGGAAUUUAAUAUUGAUAAUGCCUGAGGUACACCCAGCUUUUGUGGAUGCGGGAAAGAAACAAGGAUUGGAGAUAUGGAGAGUUGAAAACUUCGAGCCAGUUGCGGUACCUCUAAACCAGUAUGGAAAUUUUUACUCUGGAGACUCUUAUAUAGUGCUUAAGACAACUGGUACGUCAAAUCUAUUCUGGGAUAUCCACUUCUGGCUGGGUUCACACACCAGCCAAGAUGAGGCAGGAGCGGCCGCCAUCUUGUCUGUCAAUCUAGACGAUGAACAGUUCCACGGAGAUGCUGUACAGCAUAGAGAAACCCAAGGACAUGAGUCUAGACAGUUCUUGAGUUACUUUGAACCUGCUAUAAGAUAUAUGGAUGGAGGCCAUGCUUCAGGUUUCAGUCAUGUAACUAUAAACCCUGGAGCAGAGAAAAGGUUGUUCCAAAUCAAAGGAAGAAGAAAUGUCCGCGUUAAACAGGUAGAAGCAUCGAUAACUUCAAUGAAUAACGGAGAUUGUUUCAUAUUGGAUGUCAAUCAUGAUAUAUUUGUAUACGUCGGAGAUGGCUCUAAAACUGUGGAAAGGUUAAAAGCUAUAACUGUAGCUAAUCAAAUCAAAGAUCAAGAUCAUAAUGGAAGAGCCAAUAUUGAAAUUAUUGAUCCGUUCUCUCAUGAAGGUGAUUUAGAGAAAUUCUUCGAAGCUCUCGGCUCUGGUGAUCAGGAUUCAGUUCCUGAUGCUGAAGAGGGUGGUGAUGAUGAAGAGUUUGAAAGAGGAAGUACUAAAGAAGUAACUUUGAGUGAGAUUUCGGACAGAACUGGACAGUUGGAAAUCAAGAAACUUGAGGGACCACUGAAUAAAGAACUACUGGAUACUCAGGAAUGUUACAUUCUGGACACAGGAAGCAGUAUCUACGUGUGGGUCGGCAAGAAAUCUAAUGGAACGGAGAAGUCAGCUGCGAUGGCUAAAGCUCAACAAUACUUGAAAGCCAAUAAUUAUCCUGAUUGGGUUCAUAUUUCAAAGGUAACAGAAGGCGCUGAGGCGACCGCGUUCAGACAAUAUUUUGAAAAUUGGAAUUAAACGAUCUCUUUAAAUUUUUUCCACUGUCUAAAAACUUUUAUUAAAACAUCUAAG